AUGGUACCCAUAAGACCACUCGGCCGUGUAAUAACGCAAUUUAUUUUUGUAGUUAGUGGGAGCGUUAUUAAGGCUACAUAUAACGCAUACAGACAGUCGUUGAGUAACGGCGGAGGUGUUUUGAACGGGAGAAUAAGUAAGAUAAUGAGUAAGGAGGAAGCUGCAAAGAUUCUGGGAUUCAACUCUUAUGAUAAUUUAAAACUAAAACAAAUACAGGAGGCACACAAACGGCUCAAAAACAUCAACUCACCUUCAGGGUCAUUUCAAGGUUCUCCCUAUUUAAUACAGCGCAUUGACGCCGCCAAUAUUAUAUUAACCAACCACUGCAAGUCUAAUCGCUCAAGUAAUAUGUGA